UCCUCUCUCUCAAUCUCUCGCUCCGAGUUUCAUAGCUCCCUUGUUAACAGCCGCUGUGCACUCUGGGAAAGCUUGGGACAGGAAGGCAUUCUUCUUGGAUAUGCGUCCCACAGGAGCCGUAACGGAGAUAUCGAAAAGAAUUAGCGGAGAGAAAAAUAAGGUUUACAUUCACAGAGCAUCUCCUUCUAAUUACGGCUCCAAUUCCCAGGCCCCACUGUACGAACCCGGCCUGACAAAAAUGAGGAUGAAAGAAAAAAGGAAGGUCAAAAAAAAGAAAAGAGGGAGAAGAGAAAUGGAGGGAGGAGACAGUUUCGUGGCAUUCCUUUACCUAAAAUGCUCUCUGACCAUCCCCCCCCCCCCCCUCUGUCUCGGUGGGUGUAUAUUUUUGCAGUUUGAAGGAGAAAAAUGAAAGCAUCUGUCUGACGCCAGUGAACUGCCAGACCACAGAAUUCUCCCAACACUCCCAAAUCUCACACUCUUUCAUUUCCCUUCAUUUAUCACCCAUGAUACACACACACAGUCAUAGAUCUGUCCAGAAGGAAAGACCAAGUCUGACUCUUUCCCACACACCUCUUCUUCUUAUUCUGUCUCUCUCUCAUGCACACACACACUCACACACACACACUUGCACAAACUAUGAAACAGUCUUAGUGUAUAGAAGUUGCAUAAAAACUCCAAAUCUCCACCAGGUCAACCUAAAUGCUGCUCUAACUCAAUUUAAUUUAAUUAGACAGCAUAUACACACACACACACACACACACACACACAAGGAUGCACACGCAAGCCUGUCCAAUCGCACAAACAACCACUGAGUCUUGCGGUGGAGCCAUAAUCAUUUAGGCAGAUUGUAGAGAUUGAAGAAAGACUAACAUUGGGUAUUUUGGCACCAAGCAGGUCCACACACACACACACACACACACACACACAUCUUGCAUCUGAUACAGUAUGUGUGUUUAGAGAUCUGUGUUCAAUUACCACAACCACAUAUUUACACACAAAAAGAGAGCAGCUCGUCAUCAUGCUCUUCAUCAAGGCUUUUUAGAUUAAGAGUUAGAUUAAGAUUUGAAACAGAUGCUCACAUAUGCACAUACAAGCUAAUGAUAUGGCAAAUACGUGCAUUUUCAACAUUUCAAAAAUAACAAACUGCAUUGAAACAAACCACUGUCUGGAUAUAAAUUCCUCCAAAUGAUUUUCCCCUAGCCUCUUCUUCUUCAUCGUGUCUCUGACUUCUCAUAGUCACUCUUUUUUUAAUCACACAGAAUGCCUUAUUUACGCCUGAUGAGUACAACUUUGCGUCAUUACAGCUGUUGUGGUUCGGCGUUUGGGAAAUGUGCCGAAUAUUUUUGUAACUUCUUUAUCAUGACAGGGUCUGAGAGUCGUUUCUGUUGUCUUUUUUUGCAAUAAAUUUCUAGUAGCAUCUCGCUUAUAUCAGUAUAUCUCUCACCACUUUGCUUUUCCAACCUGAAGCGCUCCAGUUUCGGCGCCCACUGUAGCCUCAGAUUCCUGUUCCUGGCUGACAGGAGUGGAACUUAAUGUGGACUUCUGCUGUUGUAGCCUCAAAUUUUGACAUUUUGUGCAUUCUGAGAUGCUUUUCACCACUGUAAAGAGUGGUUAUGUGAGUUAUGGUAGCCUUUCUUAUCCUUUUUUUGCAUUCGGCUUACCUCAGAAUUGGGAAGUUGGAACUUCAAUUCUGACUGAUUGAGCUACAACAUGGGGAAAAAAUUGGACGCCUCCAUGUUCGUCAUUUCACUUUCUUACGGGCCAGCUAGCUGUGAUGAGUGAUGAAUAUUUACCUCCUCAAAAGUGUUAUAGAUUUAACAAGAGAGUAUGUCUGUAUCAUGAUUGAUCUUAGUUUUAUCUUUGUUUACUGCUGAUGCUGUGAGAUAAACUUUUUCCUAGUCAGAGCUCAGAAAUUAUGAGUAACAUCUUUUAGUCAAAUACAGCAUUAAAAGAAGUAAAGAAGGUUCCUGGGGUGUUUCAUCACGAAGAGAAUUUUUUUGUCCUUAUAAGCUAAUAGAUAUCAGCUAACUAACUCAUUUUUUGCUGAUGUUAGCAAUAUAAGCUGCUGAAAUAAACACCCCAGUUGUAGCUAGCUAGCUAACACAGCUACAAGGCAGUGUGACAAGUUGCUUGUUGAGGAUGUAAUGUCUAUUAAUGCAGUCGAGUAUCAGUAUAAAUAAAUAUAAACACUUCUUAAUGAUGCAGUCAGUCCCAUAUUCGCUCCACAAAAUGGCUGCCAUUAUACAGUGUGAUGUCACAUGAAAUGCAACGAUACACACAGACUCGUGAGAAAAAUCAGGAGUAGAAGACUAGAUGGAGAACAGGUUCGGUAUAACAAUGUGUGACCACCAGUGAGCAGCUACACACACAGAGCGGAGUGUGUAAAUGUCCGUGCUGACCUGACUUGACUAUUUGUGUGAUCCCCCUAUUAAACUUGAACCAGAGACAACAGCUGUGAGCUGUGUGUGUGUGUGUGUGUAUAUGUGUGAUGAGCAUGACGGAUGGAAGGUGUGAGACAAACAUCUAUAUUGCGCUUGCGUGAAGCAGUAAGAAAAGACAGGCUCUGUACCACUCACUCACACACAAACACACACAGCUGCCAUGCCUCACAGUUUUUGUAACCUUUGACCUUUGGCACGCUGCGGUUAAGCUUGAGGGAGAAGCCUGACCUCGUGCUGCUCCCCCCACACACAGAGCUUUCUUAUCCUUUGACCCAUGGCACGUGUCAGCCCUUUCAUCAAGAAACACAAACAGAGAGAAAGAGAGAGAGAUAGAGAGAGAGAAAGAGAGAGAGAAAGAGAGAGAGAGAGAACCUACCAUAUCAUAUAUCACAUAUCUAAUAAAAUAUUAGUUAAUUGCAGUUUUCAUCACCUACAUCAGCAAAAACCCUGUCCAGUGAGAUACUGAUCAUAAAUAAUAUAUAAUGAAGGAAUAAAUAUUAAUUAAUUAAUUAAUUCAUUCAUUCAUUCAUUCAUUAUUGUUGCAUUUUUAUAUUGGUCAUGAGCCACAGCUCUCUAGGGAUUAUUAUUAUUAAUUAAGCGAGGUAUGGGUCUUACAUACCACCAACAGUAAAAACAUAGAACAAGUAUAACUUCAAUAUUCAAUAAAAUUAAAAAAUUAGUAUUUCUUUCCCCAAUCUAACUCAUAUAUAAUUCUAUUUUAAUUAGGAAUAAAAAUGUUGUUUUUUUUAACAAAUGUAAAAUGCAUUUUUUUAAAUGACCAUUUUUACGGCUGCUAUAGGUCAGUCUUUUCCUCAAACACACAUGGGCUGUGACCACUUUUCCCGCUGAGCUCUGCACGAUCAAGGCCGUGCAUUUCUGAUGAUGCUUCCAUGCAGAAAAAAAAAAAAAAAACCUAUGCAGAACGCCGACACAAAAAUAAGUAUUAAAAAUGCCAACUGGAGUUACUGACAGAUGAUGACAGUGCUGCAGCCACUUGACGCUCAUAAUGCUAGCUAGGUACAUUAGAUGUGAGCUUAGCAAGCCAUGCUUAUUGUUUAACACCUCUGACAAUCACCUGGUAAAUCUUGUUAGCACGAUGUAAUAUGUUUUUUUUUUGUUGUUCAAAUGGCAGAAGGGUCUACCCAACAGAAAUAUGUUUUCCAUAGCUGGGUUUCUGUGUAGGAAACUUAUAAUACCCAGAGAUUGUAUGGGCCAAAAGAACACAUUGGGUAAAAAAAAGGAAGAAAAAAAGCUCAGCAGUUUUGUCUUGCUUGUGGGGCUCGUUCUAAAGUCUUCUGGAGACUGGAAAUGUGACAUGUAGCAAAAACACUCUGGUGGCCUCUGUGCUUUUGCUUGGUCAGGACUUUUUACAAUAGGAGGUAUGCGCUCUUUGAGUUUGGUCAGGUAUAAAUGGCAGAGGUUAAACCGAUGCUCAAUGUCAGUUCACCACCAGGCAAGUGCUGGGACACGCAGACACUCGCAUCAUCACCAUGGGCAGAGUUAUCUUCUAUGAGGACAGGAACUUCCAGGGCCGCUCCUAUGAGUGCAGCGGUGAUUGCUCUGAUAUGUCCACCUACCUGAGCCGCUGCCACUCGUGCAGGGUGGAGAGCGGCUGCUGGAUGGUGUACGAUCAUCCCAACUACAUGGGCAACCAGUACUUCAUGAGAAGAGGCGAGUACGCUGACUACAUGAACAUGUGGGGCUGGGGCAACAACUGCAUCAGAUCCUGCCGCAUGAUCCCCAUGUACAGAGGACAUUACAAGAUGAGGGUCUACGAAAGGGAUAACUUCAUGGGUCAGAUGAUGGAGGUGAUGGAUGACUGCGAUUCCUUCAUGGACCGCUACCACUGGUCCAGCGGCUUCAUGUCCUGCCACGUGAUGGACGGCCACUGGCUCAUGUACGAGCAUCCUCACUACAGAGGCAGGAUGUGGUACUUCGGCCCUGGAGAGUACCGCAGCUUCAGGGACUAUGAUGGCAUGAGGUUCAUGAGCAUGAGGCGCAUCAUGGACUCCUGGUAUUAAGCUAACAUGAAUGAUUUCAUCUUCAAUAAAAAUUCAAUGAAUCUGAAAUAA